AGGGCCGAUGAAUCUUUUUCUUCUCGCUGGAAUCAGUCACUGACAUGGGCUGUGGGACCUCGUUACACCUUGUUACGUCGCCCAACCAGAGGCUUCCACGACGGAGCAUCGAUGGCAGCUAUCGCAUUGGGAAGAUUGUAGGAAGGGGGACAUUCUCGGUCUGCCUGCAGGCGGAGGCGCUUAAGGGAGGGAUGGUGGUGGUGAAGAAGCUGGCAAGGUCGAAUGUGAACUUCAACUACAACAACAUCCUCAAGGAAGUUCGGAUCAUGAAAAAGCUCUCGCACCCUGGGCUCAUUCGACUUCAGGACUACUUCGAGGACCAGGAAGCAGUUUACCUGGUGCAAGAGCUGGCGAACGGGGGGGACCUAUUUGACAGGGUUGUAGAGGGCGGGGCUAUACCGGAGCCGGCCUCCGUCUUCAUCUGCAGGCAGAUACUCUACGCUCUUGGAUACCUGCAUGAGAACAAUGUCUGCCAUCGGGACCUGAAGCCAGAAAACAUCCUCUUCCUCUCCUCCCUCCCUGGUGCACCCGGCUACGACAUUGUCAAGAUCACCGACUUCGGCUUGAGCACAGACAAGGCGGUGGGAUACACGGAUACCAUGUCAACAGUGUGCGGAACUCCAGACUACACAGCUCCUGAGCUGCUGGCAGCUGCUGGCACGUCAAUGGAGGGGAGGAUGCUAUACUCCUGCAAGGUGGACAUCUGGUCGGUGGGGGCGAUUUUGUACAUGAUGCUGGGAGGGAAAGCUCCUUUCAAGUUCACGGACAGCAACACGACUGUCGUGCUACAGAAGAUUUUAACGGGAGAAUAUUCGUUCCCUGACAAGUACUGGGAGAAUGUCUCGGAUAAUGCGAUCAUUUCUGUUCGCGCCAUGAUGCAGGUGGACCCGCGCAUGCGUCCGACAGCAUCGGAGUGCCUGGAGCUUGACUGGUUCGAGGAGGAUGAAGAAAGAAGGAUGCAAAGCCUUGGCUUGCACGCGGAGACGACCUCCAGAAAGACAGUUCCAGACCCUCAUGCGAGAUUCGUCCUAGCCAACUCGCUCCACAAGCCGCCCAAAUGAGCAAGACACGGCUCACUUGACCUGUUACCCCCGCAUGUGUUUAUGGCCCAACUCCCUCCGAUCCUUAUUUUUUAUCUCCAUCAUGAUGGCAGCAGGUUAGAAAGGGAAAGAUGUAUACAAGACUUAGUUUGGAUUUUUGUUGUUGAUUUCACUAAUUAAAGUAAGAAAAGGGACC